AAGCACUUGACCAAGAUCUCCACUUUAGCCCUUCAAGACCUUCAUACACGUGCACAACCAUGGCGAGCAUGAACAACCUGAUAAUCCCGCCUCCAACGACCCUGGGAUCACCGUGGACGCUCUCUCCUCUCCGAACGCCGUCUCCUUCCCUCCUCUACACCUGCAUCGCCUCACUCCACCGGCCUGAGGGCCAGAUACAUGCAGUUGCCGUCUCGAAGGACCUUGUCUUCACCGGAUCCGACAGCUGCCGGAUCCGGGCAUGGAGAAAGCCCGACUGCACAGAGCGCGGGUGCCUCAAGGCGGGUUCGGGCGAGGUCCUCUCAAUGCUGGCCCACGGCGACAUGCUCUUCUCCUCACACGAGGAUCACAAGAUAAGGACGUGGAACAUCAGCGCUUCGGAUGAUUUCUUGUCCAGAAGAGUCUCAACCCUACCCAAGAGAAGAAGCUCAUUUCCAUGGUUCUCUAGGGCAAAUAAUCCCAACCAACAACACAAGGAUUGUAUCUCUUGCAUGGCUUAUUACUGUGAGGACGGGCUAUUGUACACCGGUUCAUAUGACAAGACUGUCAAGGUUUGGCGAGUUUCCGAUAACCGAUGCAUCGACUCAUUCGUGGCGCACGACGACCACGUGAACGCCGUGGUGGCAAACCAAGAUGAUGGGUGCGUGUUCACUUGCUCCUCCGACGGGUCAAUAAAGAUAUGGAGGAGGGUCUACAAAGAAAGCUAUCACACCCUAACCUUGACCCUGAGGUUCCAACCAUCUCCGGUCAAUGCGCUAGCCCUGAGUUCAUGUUCAGACGCCGGCGUCCUCUAUUCAGGUUCUUCGGACGGGGUCAUAAACUUCUGGGAAAAGGAGUGGAUGUCUUAUCGGUUUAACCAUGGAGGUUUCUUGCAAGGCCACCGCUUCGCCAUCCUUUGCUUGACGUCGGUCCAACGGCUCAUAUUCAGCGGCUCGGCGGACGCAACGAUUAGGCUUUGGAGGAGGGAGGAAGGGAGUUGCUUCCACGAGUGUCUUGCUGUGAUUGAUGGGUGUGGAGGGCCAGUGAAGUGCCUGGCUGCUUGCCUGGAGAUGGACAAGGUUAAUGUGAAGGGCUACUUGGUGUACAGUGCAAGCUUGGACAAGAGUUUUAAGGUUUGGAGAGUUAAGGUACUUCCUGAGGAGAUAAAUAAGGCUUAUUUGGAUGACGAUAACAAUUCUGAGCACGGUAGUAAUACUAAUGGUAACAGAAACAGUAAUUUAAGGAUAAGAGAGAGGGAAUUGUAUGAGAUGAGCCCUGUCUUGUCUCCUUCAUGGGUAGAGAAGAGGAGGCAAAGCAGCUUCUCUCAGUAGGUGUUGAAAGGACAUGGUGGAGGUGAAUUUAUGCGUUGCAUCUCAUUUCUCAUGGAUGUUUUGUAAUAUUACUCGCUUUUAUGAUGCUUUCUUGAGGGAUUUCCUUCGAUUUAUUUGUCUUUUU